UUCACAAAAGGUUCAUACAAUGGCCAUUCGCCAGAUUCUAAGACGUUCUUUGUCCAAUGAAAGAAGGUCCGCUGAAGUUCCAAAAGGCCAUGUUGCUGUCUAUGUUGGUGAUAAUGAAAAGAAGCGCUUUGUGAUUCCAGUUGCCUACUUGAACCAUCCUUCAUUUCAAGAACUAUUGUUUCAAGCUGAGGAAGAAUUCGGGUUCCAUCACCCAAUGGGUGGCCUCACCAUCCCUUGCAGCGAGGACUUAUUUGUAGAUUUCAUCUCGUGUUUGAGCAGAAGAUGAUAUGUAGCUAUGUUGUUUUAGGUGUAGAGUUUUGUAGAGUAGAAUCUCUUAGAACAUGUAUCCAAUGAGCAUACAUAAUUACGAAUGUUUUAUCAUUC